GUUAGAUCCCUUGUCAAUCAAAAGCAAAACGUUGCUUCCUGUCUUGCUGGGUCUCAGAGCAGUUUCUGAUAGAAGCUCUGACUUUUCCAGCAGCAAGCUUUUUAACUCCUGGUAUCAUUAUAAGGGAUCAACUUCCUGGCUUGCGACUGUAAACAGAUAUGCACCCCGACCUUUCACCACACCUGCAUUCAGAGGAGUGUAACAUUGUCAUUCAACGCCUGCAGCAGUGCCAUAAAGAACACAGUUUCAUGAAGUUUCUGGGGAAAUGUAAUGAUAUAGACCGAGAGAUGAGACAUUGCUUAAGUGCAGAGCUGCAAGCCAAGAGAGCCAAAAGCAGAGAGCAUGCUGCAAGGAUGCAGAAGCGAAUUAGCGAGGCUUCUGAGUGACUUUCCCCUUGGGCUGUGCAUCCAAACCUGGAUAGAGAACUGACUUCAAAACACCCCUGAGCACUGGAGAUUCACAGAAGCUGUCGUCAUGUUCUGUUCCAGUUUGCCAACUCAUGGAAUUACUCCAAUUUUCAUUAUUUAUGCCCAACCUCAUUGGCUUAUUGUCACUGGAUUGUUACAAGACUUGAGUGCUAAAGAUGAUUAAACUCUAUAAAUUUUAUACUGUGUCAGUGAAAUGUCAGAUCACUUGUGAGUAUUUUUGGUAAGGCAUUGAUCUGCUCUCAGUGGUCCAAUUCUGCCACCUGCUGGAGAGUGUUUGUGUUACAGAAGAAAGAUUCCUUAUGUUUUAAUUCUAGCGAUUCUUGGACAGGAAACGACUCAACAUUAUUCAAUUUGACAAAUCUGAUAAUUUUGACGGGCUCUAUGAAUGUGCAUUUUACUAUGAAUAUCUACCUUGUCCAAAAAAAGCAAUUCAUUUACAUUAUUGUUGUGUGGCAAAUCGGCAGCAUUUUGCUGAUUUUCGUAGUAUUUGACUGUUCUUUUUACAAGGCUGAAUUACCAGCUUGACGCUCAACCCAAUGUGGAUGGAGGGUGUGCAAGGAGCUGACUGGAUUUGAACUCAGGACCACUCACCUUGAAGUCUCAUGCUGAUGCCACUACACCACCAGCUGGUUACUUAUAUUACUAUUCUAUAACAAAAUCUAUAAAUCUUGGGUGUGAUAUUUUCAUUAUUUCAUUGUCUUUUAUAGGGAAAAGUUUUCUUGUUCUACCUUAAGCCUCGUUCUAAUUUUAAGGAUCUUACUCUGACCCGUCAUACCGGAGAAAUAUUGUUUCUCUCUCUACCUUCUGUGAUUGCAUCUAAACUUGCCAGACUCUGCAUUGCUCUCAUAAUCCCACUGCAGUUCCCUCUGAAGGUCCUACCCCAAAAGAUAAACUGGUUACACUAUCAAAUACUUUAUUUAAACGUCUCAAUAAAGUAAAUUGUCCUUUCUCCCUAAAUGGUAGGGGUUCCCAACCUGGGAUUUACAAACUCUUUGGUUAAUAGUAAGGCUCAUUGGCAUCAAAAAGGUUGGGCACCUCGGCUGGAUAAGAAUUCUCCUUAUGACGAUUAAGAUCCACCUGGUAACAUGGUGUGUGUUUUCUUUCUAUUUCUCCCACUUGUGGAAGAGUCUGUUGUCCCCACAUUGGCCUCAAUAGCCAUCUGAGAAGCUACAAAGUGUAGGUCACUCUGGAUCACCAUGAACUGCUGAAGGUGAGAGGACUGUUGUGGCUGUACACACAAAGGUCAAAGGAAAUGUCACCUUAUACCAUCCUGAGGUUCAUUUUCUUGCAGGCAUUCACAGGAGAUCAAUGAAUCAAAGAAAAACUGCACACAAAGACUGACAGACAAACAAUGAGCAAAAAAGAGCCAACUGGGCAAAUACGGAAAAAAAAUCAAAUAAUAAUAAUAAAUAGUAAAUACAUAAUAUUGAGAA